CUCACCUGCAGACCAGAGAGCCGCGGAAAACUCGCGGAGGAGCUGCGGCGCACUCGCACAGUGCAAGGAGGGACGAAAGCAGCAGUCUGAGCAAGUACAGAGGAAAACCCAACAAUCGCCGGAGAAGAAUCACGAAGCCACCCUCUUUCUGUUUCCUUGGCCGGGCAGCAUUGACUCGCUUUUCUCACCACAAUGAGAACUGACUUCGCAGUGGUCCUGACAGCAGCGCUUCUUCUUGACACGUUCUGGAGGAAUAAUGGGGAGCGUGCCUCCAAAGGUCCCUGCCGACCUGGCUUCUCGCAAAGCUUUUACUCUGUGCAGAUUUCAAGGAAUGUACUGCAAGGCCAGAGCAUACUUAAAGGGACUACUUUAUCAUCACAAAAAGUGAAGUUUGAUGACUGCAUGGGGAAUGAAGCUGUGGUUUUCCAAAGCAAUGACCCCGUCUUCAGUGUGCGGACAGAUGGAUCCAUCUUUGCUCAGGGAGAGGGAGCCAGCUUGGAUGAACUAGUCCAGUUCAAACUGACAGCGAGUGCUCCACAUACACAUGUCUGGGAAACUGUGGUUCAACUGGCACUGACUGACCUAGUAUCACCUGAGCGAAAUGAAAACGAGGUCACAGAAGAAGAAUGGAAAGUCACUAAGCAGAAGGAGAAGAGAGAGUCGUUCCAAGAGCCACCUUCUGUCAUCAUGUUCUCAGGGUCGGGCCUCAACGCUACCAAGGGUUUGAGGAGGCAGAAGAGGGACUGGGUGAUCCCACCGAUUAAUGUGGCGGAAAAUUCUCGAGGGCCGUUCCCACAGAUGCUCGUCAGUAUUCGUUCCGACCAGGACCAAGACAUCUCAAUUCGAUACAGCAUCACUGGUAUGGGAGCAGAUCAACCACCCAACGAGGUAUUCAGUAUUGACCCAGUUGUUGGAAAGAUGUUUGUCACCAAACCUCUGGAUCGUGAACAUCGAUCUUCUUACCAUCUGCGAGCCCAUGCUGUGGACAUGAAUGGAAACCAGGUUGAGAACCCCAUCGAUCUGUAUAUCUUCGUCAUCGAUAUGAAUGACAACAGACCAGAGUUCAAAAACCAGGUCUACAAUGGUUCUGUGGAUGAGGGUUCCAAACCAGGAACUUAUGUGAUGCAUCUGUCAGCAUUUGAUGCUGACGACAACACAACUGCUAAUGGAAUGGUGCGCUAUCGAAUCCUGUCCCAAAGCCCGCACAGCCCCAUUCCUAACAUGUUCACCAUCAACAGUGAGACUGGCGAUAUUGUGACAGUGGCACCUGGACUCGAUCGAGAGAAAGUGUCCCAGUAUACCAUCAUUGUGCAAGCCACAGACAUGGAGGGUAACCUGAACUUUGGCCUAUCCAACACAGCCACUGCCAUCAUCACCGUGACGGACAUCAAUGACAACCCUCCCACGAUGACCUCCAGAACUUUUUCCGGGGAGGUUCCAGAGAAUCGAGUGGAUACUGUGGUGGCUAAUCUGACCGUUUUAGAUGCAGACCAGCCGCACUCACCUAAUUGGAACGCCAUCUACAGGAUCAUCAGUGGAGACCCAGCUGGACAUUUCAUUAUCCGCACUGAUCCUGUCACCAAUGAUGGGAUGGUCACUGUGGUCAAACCUGUAGACUUUGAGAUGAACCGUGCCUUCAUGCUGACGGUGGUGGUGUCUAACCAGGCCCACCUAGCCAGUGGCAUCCAAUCCUCGCUUCAGUCCACCGCUGGAGUCACUAUAUCUGUCCAGGACGUCAAUGAACCUCCUUAUUUUCCCACAAAUCCAAAACACAUCCGGUUUGAGGAGGGUGUUCCUGCUGGUACCAGCCUGACGACUUUCUCAGCCUCCGAUCCUGACCGACUGCAGAUGCAACAGAUAAUCAGGUAUUCAAAGCUGAACGACCCUGCAGACUGGCUGUCCAUUAACAGAACCAAUGGUCAGAUAGUAGCAACGUCAAUACUCGACCGGGAAUCUAUCUAUGUGAAAAACAAUAUAUAUGAAGCUACAUUUCUGGCAACAGACAAUGGCUCUCCUGCAGCCAGUGGCACAGGCACACUGCAGAUCUAUCUGAUAGAUAUUAAUGACAACCCCCCAGUGCUGGUGCCCAGAAACUCUCAGAUCUGUGAAAGGAUGAACAAGAACGUCAAUGGUGUCAACAUUACAGCUGCCGAUGCCGACACGGAUCCCAACGCCGGACCUUUUGUAUUCGAAUUGCCCAACUUCCCAACCAGCAUACGACGCAACUGGACAAUUUCACGGUUAAGUGGUGAUUACGCGCGCCUGGCUCUGCGGUACCAGGUAUAUUUAGAGCCAGGAAUGUACGAGGUCCCCAUAAUUGUGUCAGACUCGGGCAACCCUCCGUUGUCCAACAGGUCAGUCAUCAAAGUGAAGGUGUGUCCGUGUGAUGACAAUGGAGACUGCACCACUCUUGGGGCUGUAGCAGCCGCAGGUCUGGGAACUGGAGCCAUCGUCUCCAUCCUCAUCUGCAUCAUCAUACUGCUCAGUCUGGUGCUGUUGUUUGUGGUGUGGAUCAAGCGCAAAGAGAAGGAAAGGCAGACAAAGCAACUGCUUAUUGACCCUGAGGACGAUGUCAGAGACAACAUCCUGAAAUAUGAUGAGGAGGGAGGCGGAGAAGAGGAUCAAGACUACGACCUGAGCCAACUGCAGCAGCCCGACUCCUUAGAGCACAUCAUGACCAAGCCACCUGGAAUACGCAGGGUGGAUGAACGCCCCAUCAUCCCAGAGUCCCAAUAUCCCAUCAGACCUGUUGUGCCCCACCCUGGAGAUAUUGGUGACUUCAUCCACGAGGGUCUGCGAGCAGCAGACAACGACCCAACGGCCCCUCCGUAUGACUCCCUGCUAGUGUUUGAUUACGAGGGCAGUGGCUCCACUGCCGGAUCUGUCAGCUCCCUUAACUCCUCCAGCACAGGAGAACAGGACUAUGACUACCUCAACGAGUGGGGCCCUCGCUUCAAGAAGUUGGCCGACAUGUACGGAGGAGGCGAUGAUUAAAUCUGCUCUGCCACAGAUGCACACAACCUCUUCUUGUCAACUGGCCUGCCAUGCUCUGUCCCCGUGACACAACGGAGCUGUUACACCCUUCUUGAAUACACUUUAAUAAUGACAUCUCCACACUGACCAACCAACCAAUCAAAUUACCCACUGCAGAGGACCAGUACCAUGGGCCAGUUUCAGGUGCCCUGUCAAGCGUACAUACAGUAUGAAGCACUGAUCCCCAGGCUUCUCAUCGUUUGUAUUCUCAAACUACUGUGCUUUGGUUUCUCUUCAGUUCUCAUUUUUCUUUAGUCAAAUUUUGUUUCCACUUAGGUUUGCUUUACUUUUUUUUUCUUUUUUUUAUGUCCUCACUCUUAUUUGUUUCAAAAUAUUCCCUGUUCCUGACUGUUGUCGCUUUUGCCUCUCUCUCAGCCCCCAUCUGCCUCUUCAAAGAAGCUUUAGGUUGAGCUGCUUACUUUGCCUGCGGCAAACAAAAAGAAGGAAAAAAGAACUUAGACAUGAAAUUCUUCCCUACAUGAAGGGCCCUGGUUUAUUCUUGAACUUGAAUUUCUUGGAUCAGAAGCACUGUUGUAAAAAAAAUAAGUAAAUAAAAUAAAAAAAACAUUUAAAAAAAGUGCCUUCAGUGGUGCAUAUUUUAGCAGACUCCCGCUAACUCAGGAUUGGUUGCCAUUCUCGGGGCUUGCAUGCCCCCAUACGACCCCUGACCCUUUAAUUCAGACCUCCCUCAUCAUUUGUCCCAUCCAGCAGGGCUGUGGUAGCUGCGGGAGAUGUCAGGGCUGGUUUCCGAGGAGCAGUAAUUGGCUGACGUACUGUACAUAGGACUACAAUGUAUCUGUAAGUUAUGUACAAGUUGUUAGGUUUUGGAGUCAGGCAUCGCUGUGCUCCGAGAUCACAGUCAAUAUGAAUGUGAUUACUGAAAUCACAAAAUUCCUUAAUGAGACUGACAUAGACAAGAAAUGCAUUGCACAUUUUUGCUUCUUGUGGCUUCAACAGCAGCUGUGUUUGUUUUGAGUUGUGUGCAUUUGCACCUGAGAUUUGAUAAGGCUGAAUUUGAAAAUUGGCAGUCUCGUGUUACCAUCUUUCAUGUGUUAACUUUGCAUCAGUGAAUAUGAGGAAAUAUGCCACAGAAAUCUAAGUAGCAUCAAUAAUGUGAAAGAACUGUUAACAAGCCCCAUUUCACAUUCAUCUUUUCUUUAUUUAUUAUUUAUCUUUAUUUUCAUUUUUUUAUGUUUCUUAUUGACUGACUCAGUGUUGCAUCGCUACAAGCUUUUCAUUCUUGUGUCUCUACAGGAAGCCUUUCAUUCACCUUAAAUGUCUUUCUAAAAUUGUCGCCAUCAGGUUCAAGAGGUUUUGAAAACAAGUUAUAAGAAGGGAAGGUUUGUGUGAAGUUCUGCCCAUUUUCAAAAGCAGACAACCUUUAGGAACAACACUCUCUUUAACACAGACAUUUUGAAAGACAGGUUAACGGCUCAUGAGUUUUUGUGAACAUGUUUCUCCACGUGUACGUGUUGUGUGUGGGUGGAGAUUCAGUCUGUUUAUUAAACUAGCUUAAAUAUGCAAAACAUUUCAGAGAGACCUUGAGGAUGCUGGUGAAUGAUUGAAGGGUUUAAUCAUGUAUGUUUAUGAUUUACCACUGAAACGCCCUAUAAUGGUGUUGAGUUGAAAUUCCACAUUAAUUGAAUAAAUCUUCAACUGAUUAUCAAUAUGAUCAUCUGCAAAGAUGUUCAUUAAAAGAUGGAAUCAGCCACUGGUUCAAAUGGUUUUACUCCAGCUUUUCAUCCAAUUCUUCAACUGUUUACUUCUCCUUUAAGUGUCUUUCUAUGAAACGACAAUGUAUUUAUUUCUAACAAAUCGUAUGCCACAAUAAAAAAAAAAGAUUUCUGACUUUCAGAGUUAAUGAAAAGUAAAUCCAAGAGAGUGUGAUUUGACUAUAAACAAGGGAUACAACAAGCCUGUGUAAAUAACAAGGUUCACAGGGUCUUUUUGUUUGGAUUCACAGACUGAAGAGUAUGAAUUGCAUCUGGCAUUGCAGCUGUCAGCUCAUACAGCAGACCAGGAAAGGUUUACAAAGCUCACUGCUGGAUAAGUUCUUAUCUAUCUGACUGCUCCUCAGCCUGCAGUAUAUCUUCACAAAAUAAACACAGCUGUUACAUCCUGCUAUUUGGGAUUAUCUCUGACGUAUAAAUGUUGUAUAUACGGAACAUUUUUAUAAAUGUGGUGACAUCUCUCUCUGUGAACUCUUUGCCUAUUCUUUUGCUAUUGAUGUUUCAAAUGAAUACCUGGCAAGUUGUAUUCCACACAAAGCCAUGUGCAUUUACUAGAAUCUGUAUAUGAUUCUGUAUAGUCUUACAGCCAUACUUAUAUCGCUGUUUAAAUUUUGCUUCAUCUAGGCAAGAGGGUUCCACUCCAACCAACUUGUACAGUCUAGUAUACACUCACUCCUCUACAC